AUGUCGGCCCCCCACGACACCCCCCAGGACACCCCCCACGAUGACAAGCACGAACACGACGACGCCUACCUCUCCAAAGACGACACGAAGAACUAUGCCGAGCAAGUCGGCCCGAACAACGACAGCAUCGAGCUGAAGCGCAACCUCAAGGGGCGGCACCUGCAGAUGAUUGCGCUGGGCGGGAUCAUUGGGCCGGGGUAUUUCGUGGGCCUGGGGAACGGGUUCACUAACGGCGGACCGGCUGGCCUGCUUAUUGGGUUCGGGAUUGUCGGUUUCCUGUUGUGGUGCGUCAUGCAGAGCUUGGGCGAGAUGGCCGCCUUCAUCUCCAUGACGGGCUCCUUCACAAACUACACCGGCCGCUUCCUGGACCCCGCGCUGGCGUUUGCAGUCGGCUGGAUCUACUACUUCCUGUGGAUCUGCAUCCUCGCCACAGAGUACAACAACCUCGGCCUCGUGCUGACGUUCUGGAAGAGCGCCAUGCCAGGCUGGGGCUUCAUCAUCGUCUUCUGGGUCUUCUUCAUGUGUCUCGUCAUGCUGGGCGUGGGCACGUUCGGCGAGGUCGAGUUUGCCAUCACGGCCGUCAAGCUGCUGUUCAUCGUCGCCUUCUUCCUGUGCUCGGUGCUCAUCUCGUCUGGCGCGAUUGGCAACCAGGGCCCCGUCGGGUUCAGGUACUACAAGGACCCGGGCCCGUUCUCGAACGGCGUAGUCGGCGUGUUCAAGGUCUUCGUGUACGCCGCCAACCUGUACGCUGGGUCCGAGAUGAUCGGCCUCACGGCCGGCGAGAGCGAGAACCCCGCGCGCGACGUGCCCAAGGCUAUCAAGAUGGUGUUCUGGCGUAUUAUUAUCGUGUUCAUCGGGGGCAUCUUCUUCAUCUCCCUCUGCGUGCCGUGGAACGACCCAAACUACCUCUCCGCCAGCUCCAAGACCGCGCGCUCCCCCUUCGUGAUCGCCUUCAUGCGUGCCGGCCUUUCGCGCGGAGGCGACGUCGUGAACGCCGUGAUUGUCAUCACGAUCAUCUCGGCGAUCAACGGGAGCCUGUACGUGUCCAGCCGAAACCUCACAGCCAUGGCGCACGAGGGCAAGGCGCCGAAAUGGAUGGGCAAGACGACGAAGUGGGGCGUGCCGUGGGUCGCGUUGCUGAUCGGUAACCUCCUCGGCCUGCUCGCCCUGCUCAACCUCUCGAGCUCGGCGGGCCACGUGUACACCUGGCUCGUGAACAUCUCCGGCGUGGGCGUGUUCAUCACCUGGUCGCUUAUCUGCGCGUCGCAUAUCCGCUUCCGGCAGGCGCUCAAGCUGCAAGGCGUGUCGCUCGACGAGCUGCCGUUCCAGGCCCCGCUGUACCCCUUCGGCGCGUGGUUCGGGCUCGUCGGGUGCAUCUUCUUCGUCUUCUUCCAGGGCUGGACCGUGUUUAUGCCCCCGUUCUCCGUCGAGACAUUCUUUAUGAACUACCUCAACAUCCCCGUGUUCAUCGUCCUGGCGGCGGGCUACAAGCUCGUCAACAAGACGAAAUGGAUCGACCUGCGCCAUGCGGAUCUGCAAUCGGGCCGCCGAGACUGGCAGAGGCCGACGGCGGGGGAGAAGGUGUCGUGGCCGAAGCGGAUUCUGGGGUCUAUCAUUGGCUAG